UGGGAUUCGAGCCCUUAAAGAGCACCUGGCCUUGGGCGCCCCAAUGGCGGUAUGUACACAUGGCUUUGGCUGCUGGCUGCACCCGUCUCACCCUGUGCGGCGCUCGUCUCCCCUGUGAGCCUCCGCUGCCGUGGACCGGUGGCGCCGGAGGGGCCUUACUGGGAAGAGGUGCGCGGCAAUCUGUCCUUCUAUGCGGCCAUGAACUUGGCGUCUCGAGAGAUCACCCUGGACGCACAGUCGCCUGUCUAUUGGCAGAUGAGGGACUUGUGGAGGCGGAUCGACACCAAUGCCACGCUCUCAUUGCGUGCUUCGCAGGAAUGUGCUGUUGGAUAUGUGAGCUUGAGUCAAGGCUAUGCGUUCCAUUUGAGGCCGCGUCUUUGCUGGAUGAGUUGCUGAAGUCUGAAGGGGUGAUGAUCCACGAGGUCUUUCGGCUUCUGUCCUCUACGUUGGAUUGGCAGCUCUUGGCGGCUUCCGGCUGGCCGCUCUUCCGGUUGCUGGCUCGCCUGGAGUACUUUGCACACCUGGAAAUGGGAAGCGCCAACCCCUUGAAUGAUCAGCUUCUUUCAACUUGGGCCUAUGAAAUCCCCUUCCUCGAAACCGUCGAGCACCACCUGCUGCGCGGCACGCCCGUGCCGGCGGCAGCCAGUAGCUUGGUCCUGUCCUACACGGACUAUUACUCGCCCUUGGCACGUGCCCUGGCCUUGCUCGCCCUCGCGGAUGUGCUCCGCGCGCCGCAGCGCUUGACGCCGGAGGAGCUGGGGGAGUCCAAUCGCCUCGUGCGGCGUGCGGUGUACCUCUUGAGCGCCGCCUGGACCAAGAGCAUCGCCGGGAGAUCGGCGCGUGGAGAUGGGUGGGUGGCCAGGCACCAGGAGCACUUCCUCAGUGCCACCUAUCCGCCCUUCGUGGCGCUUUCGGCGAGAUGGCCCAUCUUCCAAUUGGCUGAUCGGCUGGCGUGCCAGGCUGAGGUGCGUUGGCGCUUGCCGGGCCAGGCGGAGGGGAGUUCCAAACCUUGGAUGGAGCUGCUGCCGAUCCCAGAGAAGGUGUCAGAUGUGGUCCGCGCCUGCCGCUUGCCGUAUUGCGACUUAAGCUUCAUGGAGCUGGUUCUCCGUGUUGCAGCUGUCUCCAGCAGCUUGCAGCUUUUGGAGGUGGGUGCGAAUCUGGGCGAUUGCAGCCUUUGGGCAGCGGCGCAUUUGGGGAGGCGCCUCCGUGCCGCUUGGGCUGUGGAACCGCUGCCGCCCGUGGCGGCGGCUCUGCGGCGGUCGGUGCGGCGGAAUGGCUGGGAGCAGAAGGUCCAGGUCAUUGAAGCCUUAGCCGGUGAGCGUUCCGGCGAGCGUGGACGCCUGCACUUUGUGGGCCACGCUGAUGGGAACCCCUUCGCCAGUGCUUCUGCAGCUCCGCAAUCGCCCUCAUCGGCCGUCCCCUCCGUGACGGCGCGUGUGGUGACGGUCGCCCAGUUGUUGCGGCUUCGCGUGAAGAAAGUGGCGACCAUCCUCAAGCUCUACGCCUACGGUGACUUGCGGGACGUGCUGCGUGGCGCUGGCGCGGCUCUUCGUCGCGCCGACGCUUUGUGGCUGGCCUUUGCGGCGGGGCAGCUGAAGCACCCGGCGGCGGCCGCGGUGAAGCUCUUCGCGCUGUUGAAGCACCACUUCGGCUGCUUGGCCCUACCGAGCUUCCAGGUGGACUGGUGCCGCUGCGGAGCCACUCGCAUGGCCACCGGUCGGAGGAUGGGCCGCUGGCUUCGUCGAACCGCUGGGAAGAAGAGUGCCUAUACCAUGGUCUACGUGGUGGCUUUCAAGCCAGGCUCUCUCCACUGCAAGCCUUGGAGCACCGUGGAGAGCGCGUCCACGUCCAUGUCCACGCGAACGUGGACGCAGCGACACCUCGACGUGGCGCGGGGAUGCUCCUUCGGACGCUCACGGCGACAGCUCCUGAUGGCGAAACGCUUCGGAGCUGGCUACGAGUCUUAUUUCUUGGGGCACGAAGAGCUGGAGCUUCAGCAGCGGAUGCAGAUGAAAAGUGCCGACGGAAAAA